CCCCGCAACCUUCUCCGGAUAGUUCCGUCCUUCUCGCACUCUCUUUCCACCCCGCGCUGCCAGGUGGUCUUCCACCCUCCACGGCACAACCACCACCACCGGCAGAACCACUGCCAUCACCUCUACCACCACCACGACCACCACCACAGUCGGCAGCGUCGGCAACGGUACCAGCAGCAGCAGCAGCAGCACCAGCAGUAGCAGUAGCAGCAGCAGCAGCAGCACUGCCGUCGCUACCACCUCCUCGGACUUCGUCGCAUCUCUCUCUCUCUCUCUCUCUCUUUCUUUCCGUCUUUCUCCAUCUCUCUCUUUCUCUUCCUCUGUCAAUCUCUCCCUUUCUCACUCACGUCGCUGCACCCUCCGCUAGUCCCGCCGCUCCAACCCUCUCGCGCGCGCCUCGGCGCCUCGUCCUCCUCCGGUGCCAAUGCCGCAGUACCGACUGCUUUCCGCGGAAGGUGGAAACCCGUGUAACACGACCGUAUAUAGAUUUUCAAUUAGUCAAGGGGCGGCAGCAUAGGAAAUUAUGUGUCGCGUGUCACCGCGAGCCGCCGCGAAUACUUGAAGCGCGCGUUCGUCGUUGCCGAUUAUCGUCGUUCUCAUCGUCGUCAUCAACGUCGUGCUCCUCGUCGAUUGAAUUUCGUCGCGCGCUUCUCGUCCCAUGCGCGAGCGGCAAAACCGCGUGCGUUUCGCGCUCGUGUUCGUUCCGUUCCUCUCGGUCGGUUAGCGUGGAAAGAUCGAUUUCCGACGCGUUCGGUAGGAAGAGAGAGAGAGAGAGAGAGACAGAGACGGAGAACGUGUGCGUUCGCCGCGAUCGAGUGUUUACCAGGGAUCACGUUGUGGACCCGUUGUGCGAGAGGGAGCGAUGACUCGUCGUCCCGAAGCCGCGGGAGUUAGGAGAUAGGUCGAUCUUUCGCCUGCCACAUCGCGCCGCGCCGCGCCGAGCGCAUCAUCAUCGCCGGAUUAUCCCCGACGAUCUUGGAGAACCGGAAUCACUCGCGGGUGCGAGAAUGCUGCGCGCGGCCUUCGUCGUCUUACUGCCACGGCUCCUCGUAUUGUCGUCGCUGCUCAUCCAUUCAGGCGUCGUCGUCGUCGUCGUCGCCCUACGCAUGACAUCCCUGCAGAUACCGGAGCACGUCGUCCUGAAUGAGACGGUGCGCAUGCAGUGCAACUUCAACUUGGACAAAGAGCAAUUGUACUCGGUGAAGUGGUACAAGGACGGCCACGAAUUUUAUCGCUUCACGCCCAGAGACAGGCCCGAAGUGCUAAUGUUCCCCGUGCGAGGCGUAAACGUAAACAGGUUAAAGUCUAACCGAACCUUGGUCGUCCUGAACAACGUGAAUCUGACGAGUUCGGGGAGGUAUCGCUGCGAGGUGUCGGGCGAGGCUCCCGCUUUUGAGACGGUCUCCGAUCACGGGGAUAUGACUGUAGUCGUUCUACCUAACGAAGGACCGCAGAUAACCGGCGGUCGUUCCAAGUAUCAGCUGGACGAUGUCGUUCGCAUGGACUGCACGUCGGCGCCUUCUAAACCACAUGCGCUAUUGUCUUGGUUCAUCAACGACGAGCCGGCCGACACCGACUACCUGAUAGGGCCCAAUAUCGUCAUCGACGAGAACGGCCUGGACAUCGCGAAACUCGGUCUGGAGUUUCGCGUCGGGAACAAGCACUUCAGGCAGGGCGACAUGAAGCUAAAGUGCUUGGCCACAAUAGCCACGGUCUAUAAGCAGAGCAACGAGGAGAGCGUGGUUGGCGAUGAGAGUGUUCUGAAAACGUCUAUAAUGGAGAGCCGCGAGACCAGGGCGCAGAGCCAUACUCGCGAGGACCUGACAAACGGAACCGCGAGUGUCGCAGUCGAAUGGACGAUCCUCGUCAUCGCCCUCGUCACAUCGAUCGCCAUCGCGCGAUAAUAACGACGAAACGUUUGCCCUUCCUCCCCCCAUUCCCCCACGUUGCUUCCUAAUCAUAUAAACGUUAGGAGAGAUCGAUUUCACCAUUACUAUUAAUUCUUAAAAUUCGCGUAAUCGUAAAAAAUAACGCAAUACCGAUAAUGCAUAUAAUAAGUGUACGUCCAGUUUACGCGUCGUCGACGUACGCGUGGUGAAUUCUUAUACAUACUACAUGCGUUCUAGGCUCUAAAUGUAUUCUCGUGCACGCACGGGGAGAAGGGAAUGAAUGAUCCUUCCCUCUCUCUCUCUCUCUCUCUCCGCGCGUUCGUUUAGAUCGUAGAAGGUAAAGGACGACGUUGGAGUCGUCGUCUCUUGUAUCGCUUUCCAGAUACGUCGAUGUUAUUCUUACUACGAUUUUUACAAAGGGAUUUUCUAUUUUCACGACAUAUCAUUUUCAUUCUCACAUUGGCGGUCGCGUGACGACCGGAUGACGAUCUUCCCUCUCAUGUUGGUCCCUAGGGCCCCAACUAACAGUCCCGCGAAUGCGCUUUCACCGGAAUCGCUAUCGUCCAACCCCCUACUACAAUCCUCCCCGCCGCCAUUUUCCCCCUCAGCGAUUUCUUCGUACAAAGCAGAGUUAAUGGUAGUCGCGAAGGCGGCCGCGAAAUAGAUUUUUUUAUAUUCAUACACGGUGGAUAAAUCGUUCUCGUACGUGCGAGUGAUUGCGAAAAAUAAAUGAAUUGAAAAGGAAUUUAUGGAAAUUUAUUUUGCAAAAUUAUGAAUAUCCAAUCGUCGACGCUUGAUUUCGAAGAUUAAAUAUUUAACUUCGCAAAAAUUAAUAAUAAAAAGAACGUUUUACAUUUUUCUUGAUUCGUCUAUUUUUUGCAGUGCGCGAUAAUAGCGUUUGAGGAGACAGUUUCUUAAAAUUUUCUUCGUUUCCGUUUUUACCAUCUUUCCGAGUAUAUUUAGUUAACCGUGUUACCCUCUGUGAGUUAUAAUUUCUCCUGGCUUUAAUCUUUGAUAUAACUCGAUCGGUAAAGAUAGCUCGAAUGUUGCUAAUAAAGUAGCAUAUGAGUACUCUAACAAUAAGUGUAAUAUAAUAUUAUAGACAAUAUAUAUAUAGUAUAUCCUAAAAUAUCUAGAUAACAAAUGUUUAAAGAUAGAAAAACAUUUGUUAAAAGAAUAUAGCAAUCUUUAUCGAGCGCUAUUAUUACGCAUUACCGUGUGACAUCGCACAACAAUCGAUUCGCGAAUCGCUUGGGAGUGUCUUUUUUUAUAACGGGAGCCUUUUGUUGUAAAAUGACCGUAAGUUACAGGUCGUUCGCGCGCAUCGCAACGCGAUUGAGUUGAGUCCCACUCGAUAACCACGUGAAACGCUUAAUCGGGUCGCUGUCGUCCCUCUUCUGACUAAUUGUAAGGCAUAGUUAAUCUCAUAUCGGAUAUAUGUCACGCGUACGGAAUUACUAUCGUAUUUUCGAUCGAUAUUGAAAUAUCCCGGAGGACGCGCGCACACGUCGCCAAAUCUAGGAGGAGGAAACACGGACCUCCACUUAGGCUCGUCCGUAACGUGUCGUCGUAAUUAACAAUAACGCGUAAUCCCGAAUCGACAACAUCAGUAAGCGCCGCUUGAAUCGGUAUUUUUCUCGUUGAGACACAAGGGAAUUACACCAGGUAUCAACUAGCGCGAUAAAUGACGCGAGCAUGUAUUGUACGCGUGAGACUUGUAAAGGUAAAUUAUUAAAAAUCGAAUUUCAAAAGAGAGCAUCGAAUUCUUUUAAGCCGUAAAAAGAUACUACUUUUUAUGUUGCGGUAGACAAAGUGCGUGCGAAUAAAUUUUAUUCGAGUGGAUAUGUGGAAAAAAAUGUUUCUCUCUUUAAGAAGUAAAAUAUUAUUUAAAUUUUAUCCAACGAGAGUUCGUGGACUUUGUUAAAUAUUUAUAGCUAGCGAGCACAUUUAUUAAGGUCAUUUUAUCCGUCGCUGUACAAUAAAUUCGAGAUGAUUUUAUCGCAAGCUUGUCCGCAAGCUCAAGAAUAACGAAGAAAAUACAAUAUACGUAUAUAAAUACCAAAGUAUAUGAAAGUAUAUGAAAGUAGCACAAAUGACCGGAAAAUCACCAUCGGCAAUCUGCGCAUUAUCAACCGUCGACGCCGAUCGAUACACAAUUACGCCGGAUAUAUCUCGACUCUGUAGCAUAUUUUGACUGAAAAACCCGCUCUGUUACGAGUAAACCCCGGUGCGCUAAUGUUAUUGCCUUACGCGAAAGAAAAAUAUGUAUAUAGAUAACGAGAAAAAUGUUAUUGCGAUUGAAACCCGUGUGUUACGCGAAUAGCGAAGCCUAUGGAAUGUAUCCGAGAGAACACUCGAUAUAAAAAAAAAAAAAAAAUACGACAGAAAAAAAUGACGCGUGCUCUCAAUAUGAGCGUCGUUGUUCCCCCUUUCCCCUCCCGUUUUCCCGGGAGGAAAAUAUGCGACGCAAAUAUUUGACGAAAUGCCGUUUCAACGCGACAAAUGGUGUACUUCCCUUGUAAAGUAGGAAAGAUCCGUAGCUUUUGCUCGAGAAAAAAAGAGAGAGAAAUUGACACACAUAUCGGAAAGGAAAGAAGACUACUCUCCCGAUUUUUUCAUGCCGCAACAUUUUUUAUUCCCCGUGAUUUAACCCGGAAAGAGCGGCGGAGCCGCCGAAUACGUUCUAAAUCGAACGCAAUAAAAAUGCUUUCCGUAUGUUUAUACGAUAAACUUCCUCGCGUAUCUUUUUCCGAUGUAAAUCUAACGAGGCUUAUUCGUCGAUUGAAUAAUAAUGGAGAAGAAAAUAAGAAAUUAUCGAUAGGUUGAUAAUCGAUAAAGAUGGUUCUAUAAUUCUUCUGUGGUAUAAGCAUAAAAAAGGAAAGAAUAUUGGUUUUCUUGAAAGCAUCUCAUUUUAGCAAAAAAAAAAAAAAAAA